GCUGCCGCUGGUUGGCGAACGCCCGGUCACGUGAUGGAUGGUGGAGCGCGGGUCAGUCAGACUGAUGAGGGGAGAGAAAGACCGGAACCGGAAACCGAAAGUGUCUUAGUGAGAGCGGAGUAAUCAGCAGCAGUCGGGUCGGAACUGGUCGGUAGGGAGGAAGCGGCGGCCCCCAAACACUGGUGUACUGUGCCCAUCUCCCCGCCUCGUAUGAGGACAUGAGUUCGCAACAGUUUCCCCGUCAAGGGGCUCCCAUUGCUUCACCACAGAUUUUGAGUGGAGGAACUGCUGUGGGGCAGAAUAUCCAAGGGACCGGAGGCGAUGAGACUGUACGAGAAAUGGAGGUUCAGUCCCGUGACCUGCUUAGUGCUAAUUCAGUUCUUCCUCCUCGUGAUGAGAAGCAGGAGGCUGUGGUGGUCAGACCAUACCCACAAUUACAGAUGGUCCCCCACCACACAGCCAGUCCCAUUACCAUGACUGCUCAGUCUGCUCAUCUCCCUACUGUUCCAUUGUCCUUCUCUGACGGUAUUCUUAAGAAGUUCAUUAUUGAUGUCUUCCCACAGCAGCCACUGAAGCCCACUAUUCCCAGUCGCCCCAUUGCUCCAGCACCUCCCUCUGCCCUGUCUGCUGUACCAAAAGUCUCCGGGCCAGUGACAGUCACCAUGGAGAGUGGCCUUCCUCAGGCUUCUGCUAUCCCUGUGGCCACUAUCAGUGGGCAGCAGGGACACCCCAACAGCCUUCAUCAUAUCAUGGCUGCCACUAACGUUCAGAUGUCCAUCAUUCGUAGCAGUGCUCCUGGCCCGCCUCUGCACAUUGGCGCUUCUCAUCUCCCAAGAGGAGCUGCUGCUGCUGCUGUCAUGUCCAGCUCCAAAGUGACCACUGUCUUAAGACCAGCCUCUGCCCAGAUGACCUCUGGUGCUGCUGCCCAGUCGGCAGCUCAGCACAUCAUCCAUCAGCCUAUCCAGUCUCGUCCACCAAUAACCACAGCAACUUCAGUGACCCCUGCUGUAGUGGCCACGGUAUCAGCUACUCGAGCUCAGUCCCCGGUUAUCACCACCACUCCGGCCCAUGCUGCAGAACCAGUGCUGAGACCAACAUUGUCAAUUCAACAGCACCCACCCCCUGCAACAAUCAGUAUUCAGAGACCGGCCCAGGCCCGUGACGCUGGGACACGUAUUACAUUGCCCACACAUCCUGCUUUGGGAGCUCAGAAACAGCAACUGCAUGCAAUGGCACAGAAGACUCUUUUCGGCACUGGCACCCCAGUGGCCGCAGCGACUGUGGCUCCUAUUUUGGCAACGAACAGUCUGCCCUGUGUGACAACUUCAGGUGCUGCUCCCCACACACAAGUUCCUACAAGCACCAUUGUUACCAUGACAAUGCCAACUCACUCUUCCCAUCCCACUGCAGUGACUGCAUCAAGCAUUCCUGUGGCUAAGGUUGUCCCACAGCAAAUCACUCACACCUCACCUCGGAUACAGGCAGAGUAUGGAGCAGAGCGAGGUAACCUAAUACCGAUCUCUGGUCACAGAGCCUCACCCAACCCCAUGACUAUGGAGUCCCGCAGUGAAAACAGACAGCCUGUUCCUGUGCAGCUACAGUAUUUUCUACCCACAUAUCCUCAGUCUGCAUAUCCACUGACUCACACAUACACUCCAAUAACCAGUUCUGUGUCCACUAUUCGUCAAUACCCAGUUUCAGCUCAAGCUCCAAACUCUGCCAUCACAGCCCAGUCAGUGGCUUCCACUGUACACUUGAACCCAAUGCAGCUGAUAAAUGUUGAUACGUCCCACGCACGUCACAUUCAGGGGAUCCAGCCUGCUCCAGUCAGUGCACAAGGAAUGCAGCCUACACCAUUCAGUGCACAAAGCAUCCAAGCCACUCCUAUUGGCACACAAGGGAUCCAGCCAUCUCCACUAAGUGCCCAGGGAAUCCAUCCAGGAGGAACAAUAACCACUCAGGGUGUCCAGACCUCUUCAGUCAGCUCCCAGCAAGCUCCAAGCGAUGCAAAAACUUCUGUAGUGCUUGCAGAAGGAGCCACAAUAGUUGCCAAUCCUCUAAGCAGCACUUUCACUACAGCCCCAGCCGGUGCUGCAGUCAUGCAGAGUCACAGUCAAAGUCCAGGCAUUGGCAGUGCCCCUGCCCAGGGUUCCUCUCCUCGGCCUAGCAUCUUGCGCAAGAAGCCUGCCACUGAAGGCUCCAUCACGUUGUCAUGUCUUUCCAGAAUAUCUGUUCGGAAAAGCCUGAUUCCGCCACAUCCAGGAGAUGCAGUAAGCCCUCGCCAUGACAACUCUCUAAGGAGCACCUCUGCUUCCCCUCGACCAGCUGGUGCUAAACCUAAAGCAGAACUUCACAUUUCUGUGGCACCUGGAGUUACUGGGGAUCCUGGCACAGGUGGUGAGCAGCCGAGUGCAGCUGCGUCCCUCCCUUCUUCUCAUCAUCCUGCAGCAGCUGUACCUAGCCCUCCAUCUCAGUCCGUGCCUGGACCCCUCCCCAGUAGCAUUCAUAUUCCCCCUGCUGCUGUACCUGCCUUAUCAGCACCCCCACCUCUCCUGAGCAGUGUCCCUUCUGGGGCAGCUGUCCCUGAGGCCAAAGUGAAGGAAGAGGCAGAACCAAUGGACAUCACAAGACCAAUUUCAGCAGUGCCUCCACUGACUCCAGGAUCCAUUUCCUCCUCACUAGCUCUGCUGGCUAAUAACAUCUCUGUUCCUAUUGGGGAAUUGCUACCAGGAGCUUCACCCCGCAAGAAGCCACGCAAACAGCAGCAUGUUAUAUCUACUGAGGAGGGUGACAUGAUGGAGACCAAUAGCACGGAUGAAGAAAGAUGUCAUGCAGUAAAACCUCUGUCAUCCCGGCCUGAGAAGCGCAAGUCUCCUCCCAAGGAGUAUAUAGAUGAGGAAGGUGUACGUUAUGUCCCUGUUAAACCCCGGCCUCCCAUUACCCUUCUGCGCCAAUACCGUAAUCCUUGGAAAGCUGCUUAUCAUCAUUUCCAGCGCUAUAGUGAUGUACGGGUCAAAGAAGAGAAGAAGCUGUCAUUGCAGGAGAUUGCCAACCAGAAGGGGAUUGCUUGCCGAGUGCAAGGCUGGAAGACUCACCUUUGUGCGGCUCAGCUGCUCCAGCUAACUAAGCUGGAGCAAGAUGUCUUUGAUCAGUUAACUGUGUUGCAAGAAGGUCUCAUCCCCAAGAAGAAAACUGCCACAGAUGAUGAUUUGCACAGAAUCAAUGAACUAAUACAGGGCAACAUGCAGCGCUGUAAACUUGUCAUGGAUCAGAUCACGGAAUCCAGGGACUGCAUGCUUAAAGUACUAGAUCACAAGGACAGAGUCCUAAAGUUACUGAAUAAAAGUGGUACAUCUCGCAGGCUCUCAAAAGUUAAACACAAAGAAAAAGUGUGAACAGGGGACUGAUGUCCGGUUACUUCAAGUGUACCUGAGACGAUUGGCAUUCCUGCGGUUGUUAAUGUAGUGUUGCUUCAGUGACAGCAGGCAAUUCUCUUAAAUAUGUAUAUACAUUUUUUUUUUUUUGUUAAAGGGAACCUACCUAGUUAUAUUCUCGGCCUGUUCAAGUACUGACAGCUCAGUCAGUUUCCACUUGGGACUUUUGAACUUUCUCUGUGACAAGGAAGCUGAGAUCUGCUUCAUUUAUUAUUGGUGCUGUGUAUGAGAACAAAUUAUGUGUGACACAUGCUUGUGUAUAGUGCUGUUUAUCCCUUACACAUGCACACUAUAAAAGUGAUUCUUACAUGUC